AUGUUAUCCCAGCGCCGUGCAUCCCGUUUGACGCUCGACCCGCGCAAUUCAGCCCCUCAAGCAUAUGUGCUAUUUGAUACAAAAACUGAAAGAACAGCAGCAUACUCUCAACAGGACUGCGACAACAACGGAGAAGAAAGUGAUAAAGCCGCAAACCAUCGCGGUCUUAGCCCCUUUGCUCGACCAAGCCGACAAGAUGGUGAGUGGGACGAUGACCUGUCGCACGCCACCGAGGUUAAGGCUGCCGGGUAG